GUUUUCUCCGUAUCAUCGGAUCUAAUCAAAACGCUUGCGCAAGCUAUCAUCCGAAAAGUCGGGGCAUUCACGCUACCGUCAGCGUCGCCGUCAGCGUCUGAUCAUACUUGUCGUCACUAUAUAGAGGCCAGGAGAGAGGAGGCACAUUAGAAGCAGUACUGGGAUCUCAGCUUCAUCUUGGGCCAUGUCGACACAACCUCUCCUACCCAAAUACACCGAUGACAAGGUAUCUACCGCGGGUACCCAGUUGUACAACGAGAAAGAGUAUCAACUUGUCGCCAGCGUAGAGGAUCUCGAGAGACUACAUAAAGCCAGACGGAGACGCGCAUGGAGAAAGUUCUUCAGCUUCGCUCUGAUUACUUGGCUCUUGCUCCAUUUCGCACGUCGGUUGUGGUCGGACCGGGAUUUCGAUCGUGAUGGACCAUAUGGUGUGCACCGUCAUCACUUGAAUGGGGACGUAGGGGAAUGGGAUUGGAUGGAGAUGGAUAGCCCAAUGGCUCAGGGCCCAUCUAGUCCGACCAGUGACCAUUUGGAAGAACACCACUAUCGCUAUACCGACUUUGAAGAUUUUGGAGCCUACGAAAUCGCUUCGUUCCAAAUCUCCCUAAAAGACAUUGAUCCCAAAGAUCCUAAGCAUCUGCUCGCCUUUGACAUUCCAGACGAGAGAACACCCCUGGCUAUGACCAUCACUGGAGGAACAGAUGAGCCCACGCUUACAUUUCAAACAUUCAUCCGAGGACGAGAUAAGGGAGAGUAUUUCAAACAUGAGGAUAUCAUGGUCCGAUCGUCCAAGGACGUGCACGUAUUGACUGUUCCCACCGACGGCAUUGAGCACCUCGUGGUCCUCUCACUCCCCGAUACCUUCACCUUGGUCCCUGCUCUCAAAUUUAGCGGGGAGGUUGAAGUGGACAUCCAAUUCGCCGAAAGCUCUGCCUCCCAUUUGAAGCUCUCCACCGUCAUUAUCGAAUCCAUGAGCGCGGACAGUGCUCCUAUCAACCUUGCUGCCGAGGUCAUUGACAUUCACGUGGUCUCUGGAGAUAUCCAUGGUAAAUUCAAUGUCACCAAAGGGAUCAACCUUCAUUCCGUCUCGGGUGAUAUCAACGCCGAGGUGUACGUUACGGAUCCUCACGGAAAGGAAAAGAAAGAUACUCAGCCUAUUGACGAGCACGAGACACCAGUCUACCGCGGCACCCGAAUCGAGGAGGCCGUCGAGGAUGGCGGAGACGCGGACGAGGAUGAGGACGAGGAUGAGGACGAGGAUGAGGAUGAAGAGUAUGAUCCCAAUGGACCGUGGUGGAGACGCUUCAGAAGAGGGCUGCUGGAUUUCUCAAGGUCUGACCACGAUGACUGGAGCGACAGAAAGCACAAAAGAUCCCCUAGGGAGCCAAGACGGCCUACUCCACCUCCUCACCGACCACACACCCCUCCCCCUCCUCCUCCUCCUCCUCAUGGGCCUCCUAGCCCUGAUGCUCCGUUCGUGCACGCCGAGACCGCUACGGGAGAUAUCAAGCUUGUCAUCCAUCAACCCGAGCAUUGCGAGACAUCGACCAGAGCUCAGACACAUACUGGCGAUGUCCAUAUCACUUCUGCUGGAACUUAUCAAGGCUGGUUCAAAGCAGCUACACAUACAGGUGAUAUCGGCGUGAAGGCGCAAGGGAACAAGACAGCUGAGAUUCUUCGACGAGAGAGACAUGGUCCAGGAGAGAUGGUCAUUGGUUUCGUGGACUAUGACAAUGAAAAGGAUGUCUCCUACAGUGACCUCGAGAAGCCCUCGAAGCCCAAGUACAGUCGACUCCUCGCCACAAGCGACACUGGUGAUGUCUUCUUGCGCUUCUAGCGAUAUUCUGGGGAAGACUGUCCGGGUUCCUGUACCUCUUAUUACCUGAUGCGAAAACAUGUAUAGCAUGAUGACCCAUGA